GCCUGACUCACGCGUUUUCAUUGACGUUUCAUCCUCGUGCCUGCCCACUACCUUCUAUUUGGUGUGUUAGUUUCUUCCGUCAUCAUUUGCGAGUACCAGUUUGCUUCCAACCUUUUUCCUUACAUAAUAUGCUCAAACUUGACCCAGUUAGUGUUGCUGGCUUUCGAAGAUCACCCACCGUUCGCAGAAAAUGCUGUUCCUGACGAGAGGCACCGCGAGUGGACUAAAACAGUGCACCUGUGCAGUGGCUAGUGUGCUCCAGGGUCGGUCCUACUGCAGCCAGCAGCAACUUGCAGCAGCCACUGUAGCGACGGGCCGUUCUCCAGUCGAACAUUUGGAAGAUAAAAUUGCACGCUCUGAAAUUCAACCUGACCCACACCAGCGGAGAAUUGCCGAGGCCUUGCAGCUUGUGUACGAUAGCAUUCAGAGUUACAGUCCUCCGAAACCGAGCACGGGGCUGGGAAAGUGGUUUGGUUUGAAAAGCGCGAAAAAGGUUAAAGCUCCCAAGGGUUUGUACAUCUACGGUAGUGUGGGUGGCGGAAAAACCAUGCUGAUGGAUAUGUUCUACGAUUGCUGUACGAUAAAUCGGAAGCGACGAGUCCACUUCAAUUCGUUCAUGACAGAUGUCCACUCGAAGAUUCACGAGAUUAAAUCGAAACAGGUCCGUGAUGUCAGCAGUACCAAGCCGCAACCAUUCGAUCCUAUCAAGCCCGUUGCCGAGCUUAUCAGCGAAGAUUCCUGGUUGAUUUGUUUUGACGAAUUCCAGGUCACCGACAUUGCGGAUGCGAUGAUCCUAAAGCGACUGUUCACGUACUUAUUUGAUAGCGGCGUUAUCGUGGUAGCAACGAGUAAUCGAGCCCCCGACGACCUCUACAAAAAUGGCCUGCAGCGAAGUAACUUUGUGCCGUUCAUCGGGGUGCUCAAAAAUCAUUGCAGUAUUGCCACGUUGGAUAGUGGGGUUGACUAUCGAACGGCGACACUGAAAGGCGAAGGAGCGCAUUAUUUUGUGAAAACACAAACAGACGCUGAUGGUGCUAUGAACAAAAUAUUCAAGGUAUUGUGCUCACAGGAGAAUGACAUGAUACGACCCAAGACGUUUACACACUUCGGACGCAACAUAUCCUUUGCCAAAACGUGUGGGCAAGUGUUGGACAGCACGUUUGAAGAACUCUGUGAUAGGCCUCUCGGAGCAUCGGAUUACCUCCAAAUAUCGCAAUUUUUUCACACCGUACUGAUAAGGGAUAUUCCGCAGCUAAAUUUGAAGCUCAAAUCGCAAACUAGACGAUUCAUCACGCUUAUCGACACGCUGUACGACAGUCGCGUUCGGCUAGUGGUCUCCUCGGACGUCCCGUACAAGCAACUAUUCUCCAACGAAGCACCGGAUGACAUGCACACCUCCGACGAGAAUCGAAUGCUGAUGGACGACCUGAAAAUCACCAAAGACUCGAUGGACGCAAGUUCGAAUAUUUUCACCGGUGAAGAAGAAUUGUUUGCCUUCGAACGAACCGUGUCUCGCCUAGCAGAGAUGCAAUCCGCUGAGUAUUGGACCCUGUGGGAAAAACAUCGAUAAGAGUAGCGUCGCAGAAGAACGUCCGUCUGUGGUACUUAUGCUGAGCCUUCUAGGUUGCACAAACUCGUUACAUUUGUUAAGGUUGAAGUUAAAAAGUUUCACGCUUCGCAUGUCAAACAUGUAUGUUGCAUAGUAAUGUGUAAAUCAAAUGCUGUAAAUAUAUUUAUUUCAUUAUCAACGUGUACCACCGCA